AUGUCUAGUGAAUUGGAAUUGUUGAAACAGCAGGUAGCUGAAUUGCAGGAGUUGGUGAAACGUCAGAGUUUGAUCAUUUCAAAGACUGGUCAAAAUGUGUUGGAAUUGCAAGUGGCUAGGCAGAAGGCCGGAGUGGAAGCGUUUGGCAAAGCACCUGCUUCCAAGUCUGGUUCCCAGGUUGAAGCAGCAGACUAUGCUACAAACGAAGAUUUGGUGCAGUUAGUCGGAGAACUUCAGGGACAAUUGGAAAAUAUUGAGGAGAGGUCGAUUAGGAGACUGGUGAACUCGACAAAAAGCGAUCCAAAGGAUUUAAUAUCGCCUUUACCCAACUCGGAUGCUGAAAUUCCUGCAGAAGGCUUCUUCCCGAGAUCGUUGGAGGAAUUCGAGAGAAUCUCUGACACGGCGUUGUACAAACUAGCCAAGUUUUACGAGUUGUUGCCUCCAAGUUUGAAGGAACAAGAGCAAUUCGAGGACUAUCUUGAGGGGAAAGUGGAAGAGUUCCAUAUCAGUGAGAUUAAAGACGAAGAAGUGGAGAAAGAGUUGAAGAAAUAUUCUUCCGAUCAGUUGGAGGAUGUCUUCAACGAUGUGGCUCGCUACCUUGGCUUGAAGUUGAGAAGAGGUACUUCCACAUGGUGA